GAAUAAGAAGUAGAAGAAGUUAAUAAUAGUUUAAAAUUGUAAUUAAAAAAAACUUAAAUAAUUAAUGAAAAAAUGAUAUUAACUUUCGAUGAGAUAAUCAAAUGGUUCGGUGUAACGGCAUUUGAAAUACUAAUGAUAUUAGUAUCGCUAGCUAUUUAUACCGUACUAAUGACACUAAAAGUGGACAACAUUUUCGGCAGCGGCGACUGGAUGUCCUGGUGGACAGUCCAUUCACCGCUGUUCGUAUGCGACGCCCUAUUAUGCUAUUUCUGUAUAAUCGUAUUCAUACGCCAGUACUUGGAGGCCAAGUACAAGAUUGCAGUGUUUCGUGCGGUUUGGAGUUUCAAUCAAAUACUUUUGAUGUUUUUGGCCCAACUAUUGUUGUGCUUUAAACUCGAGGGCCAGAAAAAUCUGACCAACUCUGAGGUCUUGUCGCCGAUAUUUAUAUUAUUGAUACUAUUGCUCAUCAGAGCCUGUCGUCUACAUUGAUAUUCAAUAGUUAUUUUUAUAUAAUAAAAUGUGUUAUUUAGCUAAUUAAUUAUAUUAUCAUUUUUAUUAUUUAAUA